UGUUUUACUUGGGAUGGCGAUUGAUCGAACGCUACACUCCCGAAUACCCGUGCAGUAUCAGAUCAAUGUAGAGAAAGAUCCACGAAGAGGUAUAAAUGAAGGAAGAAUUAAAAUUUGGGUACACACAAGAUUUGCCGGGUGGUUAUGUGCCAACAGACGACUCUUGUUCACCAGUACCUUUUGGACCUCAGCCUUAUGAGUUCAUGGGCGAGGAGAAGUUGAAAAAGCCAGCCGGAUGGCGAUAUGUUCCAAAGGGUCGGGAACCUGGCGACUCCCUAUACCGCUCACAUAGAAAAUGUCUCGACCAAAUAAGACCUGUAAGGAGCAGUGCUAGCAUGUCCAGGAUCCCAGUGCAAACACACUUCACCGUCGAGCGAGAUCCCAGGAGAGACGUUCCAGUAUUUCAAGAUCCGGAAGUUCCACCUCCAGUACCGACUUCACCCGUGAUAGAUAUGUCCUCCAUGGCGGAGUAUCCCAGAGUAUGUCCUGGUACAUCCAAGAUACCGGUCUUGAGCCACUUCGUUGUCGAGCAAAGCCUUGGAAGAGGAAUUCCGGGCGAAGAAUGUGUUUGA